AUGUACUUGAAAUGCUGCAUUCAUUUCAUUGUCUGUCUCAAUCUUAUUAUCUAUGUAAAAUCUCAAUCGAAUGAUGAGGAUUACAGUGAUUAUGAGGCCGAACAGUCUUUACGCGUGGAGCCAUUGGUAUUUUCUCGUCGACCACAAUCAAUCCAAGUUCCACUUGGUAGCCACGCUUUGUUCUACUGCAGUUCAUCGUCAAGUCCAAUUGUUUGGUCGAAAAACGAUACACCAAUCGGCCCCAGUGCAAAACAUUUUAUUACCAAUCAGUACCUUCAGGUUUUAAAUGUCGACGAAAGCGAUGAAGCCACCUAUGGAUGUACAAUUCGUAACGCUGUAGAGAUGCGAUCGGCAUCAGCAAAUUUAAGUGUCAUUUUUCCUCCACGGUUCAAUCCAUUUCCGGACACGUAUCGAGUUGGUUUGAAAAACUUAACUACCGAAUUGCAAUGUCGAGUUCAUGGUAAUCCAAAGCCGAAAAUAACCUGGUAUAAAUCGAACACAAUGAUUCGGCAAUCUCAUCGAAUGCAAUUACGAGAGGACGGUCAAACAUUACGUAUUAAUCAGUUACGAAAUGAGGAUACAGGUCUUUAUACGUGUGUAGCAGAAAAUACUCUUCAACGCAUCUCUGCUGCCACGGAUCUUCGUGUUCGAGAUCCGACACCACCAUUGCUCUCACGACGUAUGUCCAAUUUAACAACUUAUGACGGUGCACACGUUGAACUCGAGUGCACAGCAACGGGAGAACCAGAACCAAAAAUGGAAUGGUUUCGUGAUGGUACACGUAUUCAAUAUAAUAUGCAGUAUAUCUUAAAGGAAGAUGGAUCACUGCUAUUACCACAUGUUGCCGCUAAUCAAUCAGGUUAUUACACAUGUCAAGCAAGUAAUUACGCAGGAAAUGAUAUUCAUUCAUUUUGGGUUACCGUUGUCAAUGAUAAUCAAAUAACCGAUGAAUUGAUCGAUCGUUUGGUUCAACAAGCAACAUCAGAAGUAAAUCGUGCUGUAGCGGAAACUGUUCGUCAUUUACAAGAUCGUCGUCGACCACGAACACCAGGAGAUUUAAUGUCGUUAAUGAAAUUUCCCAAACCACUACAGUUAACUUUAGCUAAAACUGAAGAUAUUUUCGAACGAGCACUCGAUCUUGUCCACCGUUAUGUCGAUAAUAUUACGUUUUCAAGUGAAAGCGCACGAAACGAUAUGAGUACUAUUGACUUUCGACCUGAUCAAUUGCUAACAUCUCGUCAACUAGAACGUCUUGCGCUCGUAUCCGGUUGUGUUAUGCAUCAAUUGAAAUCACAAUGUAAUGAAAAAUGUAUGGCCUACCGAACUGCUGAUGGUACAUGUAAUAAUUUAAAACAUCCGUUUUGGGGCGCGUCAUUGACAGCGUUAUCACGUUGGUUGCAUGCACAAUAUGAAAAUGGUUUUAAUACCCCGCGUGGUUGGAAUGCAAGCAAGCUAUACAAUGGUUUCGUUUUACCAUCCGCGCGCGAAGUAUCAGGACGAUUAAUUGCAACAAAAGUCGUCACACCAGAUCCAGCGUUUUCGCAUAUGCUCAUGCAAUGGGGACAAUUUCAAGAUCAUGAUAUGUCAUUGACAGUUCAAGCAACAAGUAAUACACGUUUCUCGGAUAGUCUUCGUUGUUUAUCGUCAUGUUCAUUUGAACCACCAUGUUAUCCAAUUCGCGUACCUGAUGAUGAUCAUUUACGUGAAGAACGUGGUUCGUGCUUAGAAUUUGUUCGUUCGGCAGCUGUAUGUUUGAGUGGCGAAACAUCAUUUCUUCAUUUACCAUAUCGACGUGAACAGAUUAAUUCGUUGACAUCAUUUUUCGAUGCAUCCAAUGUGUACGGUUCAACUGUACAAGAUGCGUGGGAUUUACGAGAACGUAGCUCGGGCAAAGGCCUCCUUCGAGUUCAUAGUACACCACAAUUUCCAAAAGGCUUACUGCCGUUCAGCACAGAUACACCGGUUGAUUGUCAACGCGAUCGACAAGCUUCACAAAUAGGCUGUUUUCUUGCAGGAGAUCAUCGAGUCAAUGAACAAGUAGCUCUAAUUGCCAUGCAUACCAUUUGGGUACGUCAACAUAAUCGUCUCGCUGGACGUCUGAGCUCAAUAAACCCCGACUGGUCCGAUGAACAAGUCUAUCAAGAAACGCGGAAAAUCAUCGAAGCACAGUUACAAAUUAUAACGUAUCAACAUUGGCUACCAUACAUCAUUGGUGAUGAAGGAAUGAAUAUGCUUGGACCAUAUAAAGGCUACCGUCGUAACGUUGAUCCAAGCAUUUCUAAUGUUUUUGCUACAGCUGCGUUUCGUUUUGGUCAUGGUUUGAUUAAUCCUGUAUUCUAUCGAUUAAAUUCAACCCUUGAGCCGAUUCCUGAAGGCAAUCUUCUCCUUCGUGACGCAUUCUUUUCACCAUGGCGUGUGAAAGAACAAGGUGGUAUCGAUCCACUCAUACGUGGUAUGUUUGGUGUACCAGCAAAAAUCAAAUUACCACAACAAAUUCUCAAUGUCGAAUUAACCGAACGUUUAUUUCAUGUCACACGUGCCAUAUCACUUGAUUUAGCUGCAGCAAAUGUUCAGCGUAGUCGCGAUCAUGGUUUGCAAUCGUAUACAGCGUGGAGAAAGUUUUGUCAUCUAUCCCCAGAUGAAAUCAAAGAUUUCGAUGAUUUACAAGGAGAUAUCAAAGAUGCAGAGACACGAAACACUUUACGCGAUGUUUACAAACAUGUCGAUAAUAUCGAUGUUUGGAUCGGAGGAAUCUUGGAAGAUAAUCUACCAGGUGCAAAAGUUGGUCCACUCUUCCGCUGCCUAAUAACAAAACAAUUCAAAGCCUUGAGAGAUGGCGAUCGAUAUUGGCAUGAAAAAUCAGGAAUAUUCUCGCCUGAACAAUUGAAAUCUUUACAGAAAACUUCGCUAGCAAAAGUGCUCUGUGAGAAUGGUGAUCGUAUUGACCGUAUUCCGCGAAACGUUUUUCUCAACGGAAUGUAUCCACGUGAUUAUGUUCCAUGCUCGACUAUUGAAGAUGUUGAUCUGGAACCAUGGCGUGGCUGCUGUAAACAAAAUAUGGCCGGCCCAAAUGCGAUUUGUAAUACACCGGCGAUUCUUUCAUUUGACCCGUUCCCUAAUUAUCGACCGUCGACAAUCGAUACAGUGACACGACAUAAACGUGAAACAGAAGGAGAUGUUGAAGAAGAACAAGGAACAAAAGAUGAUGAAUUGGAUUUACAAAAACUUCGUCAACAAGUUGAUGAUGUGUUACAAAAGUUCGCAACAUUUGAUAAGCGUCUAACCACUGGCACGCAUUGCUAUGAUCAGAAUACAAGAAAAAUACACAAAAAUGGUACGAAAUGGCAUGUUCAUAAAUGUCUCGUUUGUCAAUGCAAAGAUGCAACGAGUUCAUGCGAGAUUGUCUGUUAA